GUUCGACAGAGACGGCUCCUGACAUGUCCCAGGUCUCAACCACGCCCCAGGUCCAAUAUGUGUUCAGAGACAAGGCCAACGAGCAGCGGCGACCCCGAGGUGCAACAGACGGCUCCUGACCAAGUCUCGGGUCUCAACCGCGCUUUCCAGGUGAAUCCAGAUGUCGACCGCGCUCCCCAGGCGAAUCCAGAUGUCGACCUCGCUCCCCCAGGUCUCCACCACGCUCUCCUAGAUAUCGACUACUCUUCCCUAGGUCUCCACCACGCUCCCCAGGUGAAUCCAGUGAAUCCAGAUCUCGACCACACUCCCCCAGAUCACUACGCUCACCAGGUGAAUCCAGAUCUCGACCAUCCCCAGGUGAAUCCAGAUCUCGACCACGCUCCCCCACGUCUCGACCACGCUUCCCCACGUCUCGACCACGCUCUAGAAACCGGCUCAGAGCUGAUUCCCGCACAACAGAGAGCCAGAGACAGCGCCGCAAUAUGGGGGUCAUGGUUAUAGAAUCCAAGGAAAGAAGAAAGAAGCUACGGGGGCGAGGAAUAGGGGUGUAGAUGGACCCGACCAAGUUGCUACACGGCACAAGCUAUGAGAUUUGGGGAAACCGCUCUCGUCGAUCGAAAGAGUCGGGAGGCAGGCUGCAAUCUAUAUUUGUAGAAUCUGAGGAGAGAAAAAGCAAAGUUGCAAUACUUGUGGGCGCGAGGAAACAGGGUUGUGUUUUGUGGAAGUGGCUGCCAGUUGGCAUAAAGCAGAACUAUACUCUUCAGCUAUGGGAUUUAGAGACCUGGGGAGUAACAUGGGUUCAAAGACGAGGUCAACAAGCAGCCGAGUUGCAC